AUGGAGCUCAACCUUCUAUCCCGCUCAUUGGAUUCGUCCGUUUCACCUGGAAAACGAAACAUUGCCAUCGCCGAGAUUGUGAUAUACUCCUUGAUCCAUAUCACGCAGUUUAGUACAAGGUUUUUGCAAGAGCGACACUAUUGGCAUCAUACCAAGAAUAAAGGCAUCGGACGCUGUAUCUUUUAUUCUUGGUUCAGCAUGGUUGGCCUUUUGUCACAAAUUCGCAUAGCUGGCUCAGCUUUGGUACUCGCUUCUUCGCACCCAGACCAGUCAUUAGUCACUGCCGCAUCCGUCAUGCAAAGCGUGGGCCUCUCGCCUCUUUUGUUUGAAGUCAGCUUGGUGAUGCUGAGAUGUGGGCAGUCUGGAGAAACUGGACCCGGAAAUUCGAAAUGGACCAAGUGGAUCCGAUUCGCCCUGCACUUCUUCCGCUUCCCUAUAUUCUUUGCCAUUAUCCUCGCCGUGGUGGGUGGCAUUAUCCAGAUGCACGAAUUAGGGGAGGCUGGAUCAAUUCUUCUGAUUGUCACCUUUGUCUAUGUGUGCAGUUUGGUUACUUGGCUUGCGGUGAAAGCCCGGUCAGUUCUUCCCAAGUCUGGACAGCAAGCAGCUCUGUUGGUUGUUGUGACAUUGCCCUUCUUAUUGGUCCGGGUCAUCUAUUUUCUGUUGUUGGAGUAUGGUCCUCCUCAAUUUAAUCCUGCGAGUGGUGAUGUUGGAAUAAUGAUCGGAAUGGGUCUUUUGAUGGAGAUUUUGGUCGUUGUCUUGCUGAUACUGGCACGCGCAGUGGCAGAACCGAUCCUGCCAUCGGUAAUCAAGACGCGCAUCGCAUAUGAUGACUUGGAAUCACCAGCGGAUUGA